CUCUCUCUCCUCUUAUGCGUCACUGAAUUCAGAAUAUGCUUCUUCCAACCACUUGACCGUACUUUUUUCCUUUGUUUUUCUUUUGUAAUUCGUCUCCAAAUUGGAAAAUUAUUUUUUAAAAAAGUUGAAAUUUGGAUAUCUUUUGCCUUCUUCUUCUUCUGGGUCUCUCUGGAUUUUUCAUUUUCAGUUCAAUACAGAGAGGGAGUGUUUGUUUCUGUGUUCUUCCUUCUUCUCUGGGUUUUCGAUUCUGGUUCGAUUUCAAUCGUUUUUUCUUGUUUUUCAAGUGUUUUUUCAAAUACCCAUUUCCCUUACUUUCAUGGAUUGAUAGAAAAAUCCCAUCCACAAAUCAAUGGUUUCAAGGUCGUAUUCCAAUCUACUUGAACUCGCCACCGGAGAAUCGCCGUCUUUCGGCCGUAUGAACCGCCAAAUCCCUCGUAUUAUGACUGUCGCCGGUUUAAUCUCCGACAUCGAUGACGAUCGACCAGAAAGCGUCUCAUCGGAGCCGUCGUCCUCCUCCGCCCUUCGUGACCGGAUUAUCAUUGUAGCCAAUGAGCUCCCCAUCAGAGCUCAGCGGAAAUCAGGCGGCGGCUGGAUUUUCAGCUGGGAUGAAAAUUCCCUUCUCCUGCAGCUGAAAGAUGGGUUGGGUGAUGAUGAUUUUGAGGUGUUUUAUGUGGGUUGUCUCAAGGAAGAUAUUCAGGUAAAUGAACAAGAUGAGGUAUCUCAAAUACUCUUAGAAACAUUUAAAUGUGUACCAACGUUUCUGACUCAAGAGCUUUACACUAGUUACUAUCAUGGCUUCUGUAAGCAACAGCUAUGGCCUCUGUUUCAUUACAUGUUGCCUCUGUCGCCUGACCUCGGCGGUCGGUUUAACCGACCGCUGUGGCAGGCUUAUGUUUCUGUGAAUAAGAUCUUUGCUGAUAGGAUCAUGGAAGUGAUCAAUCCUGAGGAUGAUUUUGUUUGGAUUCAUGAUUAUCAUCUCAUGGUGUUGCCUACUUUUCUUAGGAAGAGAUUCAAUAGAGUCAAGCUUGGAUUCUUCCUGCAUAGUCCGUUCCCAUCGUCUGAGAUAUAUCGAACGCUACCGAUACGGGAGGAGCUCUUACGAGCGCUCCUGAAUUCGGAUUUGAUAGGGUUUCAUACAUUUGAUUAUGCUAGGCAUUUUCUUUCUUGUUGUAGUAGGAUGCUUGGUCUAAGGUACGAGUCGAAACGGGGUUAUAUUGGGAUAGAGUAUUAUGGUCGAACCAUUAGUAUUAAGAUCCUUCCUGUUGGGAUUCAUAUGGGUCAACUUCAAUCUGUUUUGAGCCUUCAGAAGACAGAGGAGAAGGUUGCAGAGCUUAUCGAACAGUUUCGUGAUCGAGAUAGGAUAAUGUUGCUCGGUGUUGACGAUAUGGACAUAUUUAAGGGUAUUAGUUUGAAGCUUUUGGCUAUGGAGCAGUUGUUGAUCACACACCCUGAAUGGCAGGGGAAAGUAGUAUUGGUGCAGAUUGCCAAUCCUGCGAGAGGCCGAGGGAAAGAUGUGAAAGAAGUUCAGGAUGAGACGAAGGCAGCUGUUAAGCGGAUUAACGACACGUUUGGGAAACCAGGGUACGAGCCAGUUAUGUUGAUUGAGGAGCCACUGAAAUUCUAUGAGAGAGUUGCAUAUUACACCGUUGCCGAAUGUUGUUUGGUCACUGCGGUUCGGGACGGUAUGAAUCUCAUUCCAUAUGAGUACAUUGUCAGCCGCCAAGGGAACGAUAAGUUAGAUAAGCUCUUGGGGUGUGAAUCAUCAGCUCUGAAGAAGAGUAUGUUGGUUAUAUCUGAAUUCAUUGGGUGCUCUCCGUCCUUAAGCGGAGCAAUUCGAGUUAAUCCGUGGAAUAUUGAUGCUGUAGCUGAUGCAAUGGAAUGUGCAUUAGAGAUGGAAGAUGCCGAAAAGCAGCUCCGCCAUGAGAAGCAUUUUAGAUAUGUGAGCACGCACGAUGUUGGGUAUUGGGCUCGAAGUUUCCUACUAGAUUUGGAGAGGGCUUGUCGGGAUCAUGUGAGGCAGAGAUGUUGGGGUAUCGGGUUCGGUUUAAGUUUUAGAGUUGUGGCUCUUGAUCCGAACUUCAGGAAGCUAGCAUUGGAACACAUAUUUUCGACUUAUAAGAGGACGAAAUCUCGAGCUAUUCUUUUGGACUAUGAUGGUACAUUAAUGCCUCAAGCUUCAAUUGAUAAGAGUCCUACUUCAAAAUGCCUCGAAACGCUUAAUACCUUGUGUCGAGAUAAGAACAAUAUGGUAUUCAUUGUGAGUGCAAAAAGCCGAAAGAAACUGGCCGAAUGGUUCGGCCCUUGUGAAAAUCUCGGCAUUGCUGCCGAGCACGGGUACUUUAUUAGGAUGAAGCAGGAUGAGGAAUGGGAAACCAGUUUACCAGUUGCAGAUUGCUAUUGGAAGCAGAUCGUGCAGCCGGUUAUGAAACUCUACACCGAAACAACCGAUGGUUCGACAAUCGAAGAUCGAGAAACUGCGCUUGGAUGGUGUUACGAAGAUGCAGAUCCAGAUUUUGGUUCGUGUCAAGCUAAGGAGCUCUUCGAUCAUCUCGAAAGUGUCCUAGCCAAUGAACCAGUUACAGUCAAGAGUGGUCAAAAUAUUGUAGAAGUUAAACCACAGGGCGUUAGCAAGGGUCUUGUAGCUAAACGACUUCUCUCCGCAAUGCAAGAGAAGGGGACCCCUGCAGAUUUCGUUCUAUGCAUCGGUGAUGACAGAUCAGAUGAAGACAUGUUCAAGGUGAUCUCGAGUUCCAUGGAAGGCCCAUCGAUCUUGCCUCGAGCUGAAAUUUUUGCAUGUACGGUGGGGAGGAAACCGAGCAAAGCCAAGUAUUACCUCGACGAUCCAUCAGAAAUUGCAAGGUUGAUGCACGGUUUGGCUACGGUGUCGAGGCAAAACGGCGCGCUUUAUCCAUCACAAGGUGCAUAAGCCUCAACUUUUGCAUUUGUCAAUGUCAUUCAAUUUUAAUCUUAUUUACACAUCACAGUGUACAUAUUGCUGCGGUUUCACGAUGGGAAGAAAGUAAAAAGGGCAAAAACUGAGACAAAUUUUUGUUUUAUGGUUCAUUUAGUAAAAGAUGUAAAUAUAUUUGGAUGUGAUAUAAUGACUGAAUUUGCUUCAAUUCCAGCUUCAUUCUUUUCUUU